AACAACUUAGUAUCGGAAUAUUGUUCUCGGGAGUUACUACAGUAUAUCUCUGUCCUCCGCUUUCUAAAUCACUGUGUCUCGCUCUCUUAUCUCUCUUCCUUUCACUAAUUUUCCGGACAACGCUGACACAUCGGCGUACGCUUCUUAUAAUAAACAGAACAAUUCGAAUGCACUCAGAGUGACACUUGUAGUGAUGCGUAACUGAACGUACAUUUCUAUCUCGUUAUUUCAUCAUAUAAAUACUUUUCUCUACUUUUCCGGAUAGUACAUAGUGUUCCGACGUCGGCAAACAUCUCCGCACAAUCCCUGGUCGAACAUAUUUUAGCAACAAAAUAGAAAUGAUCAAAUACUCUACCACAUUAACUGCCAUGAUAUUCCUCUCUGGCUUUCUUGGACACACUAUUUCUCAACAAGACCUGCCCAACGCGGAAGAAGUGUUAAACAAAGUUUCCAGUGCCAUCAACUUAACCUCAUCUAGUGGAAUCCAGAAUAUAAAUAAUAUCAACACAUCUGGAAUACAUGUUCUGGAAGAAGCUACAAAUGUUUUCAAACAAAGAUGCGAGCAAUAUGGAGGAGACGGCGCAUUCGAGAAUGUUGAGAAUGCAAGGGAUAAAUUCAAACAGUGCCUUGAUUCGUUUGUUAACUACACAGCAUUGGAGCAAGAAAUGGAACAGUACAAGCCUACUGGAGAUUUGGAUAUAGUGUUCAAAAAGUACUGCCAAAAAACUCCCACUCUUAAGCAAUGUGUCAGAAAUUUUACCACAGCAGUGGAACAUUGUGUACAACCACAGGAACGAAAAAAUAAAGAACUUGUUCAUAAUAUUACAGAUUCUCUCUUAAAUUUUGUAUGUUACAAAGAAGGAGAUCGUAUUGCUCUUUUCAUAUCUGCUAAUGGGCCAGAGUGUCUGAAGUCCAAACAACAGGAAAUUCAACAGUGUAUAAACUCUACGUUGGGAAGUUAUAUGAUUCAACUAGAUUCCAACACUGAAACUUUACAUUUGUUAGAUAAUCUUCCACUCCUUGCCCUUGGAAAUAAAGAAUGCACGGACAUGUUCAAACUUCAAAGUUGUAUUGUAAAAGAUCUGGAAGAAUGUUCAGAUCCAACACCAGCAAAUAUUGUAGAUUCUAUAUUUAAUUUUAUUCGAAGAGCAACACCAUGUCAGAAUAUGAUGGCACCUGAAAGUGCUGCUUCUAACUUCAAAGUUAAUUUACUAGUUACAAUAAGUCUAGUAUUUAUGUCAUUAAGAUUUGUAUAAAAGAUUUAGUUCUAAUAGAGUUUAUGUACAAAGAAAUUACUUUGGGAGAUAAAAAGAUUUUUUUUCUACAAAUAUAAAUUUUACUAUUCAAAAUAUUAGGUUUUCAAUGAAGCAUGAUAUGUGAUACUUUUGAAAGUAAAAGUAACAUUCCAAUGUAUAAAAAAAAUAAAUUUUUUUAUCUUCAAAAAUUGUUUUUACUACAUUGAUUGCAAUGUAAUAAACAAAAUUUGUACUAUUCUAAUGAUUCUGGUACCUCAGAAUAGACUGACAUAUUUGUAAGUGUCCAUCUGAAUAUACAAACAAAUGUUAAAUAUAAGUUAUAACUACAGUAGAAUCUAGAUCUUUCUUCACUUUUGCUACAUUUGGAAUAUAUUCAAUUUUGUACCAUAGUAAUGUAAUCAACUAAAUUCAUACAGACUUGUAAUAUAACUACUAUGAAUUAUAUGCAAUAACAAGCCUCA